CAAUCUAUCGAUUGCGCAGACCAAUUCCAGUGCGCUCUCCUUUUACGACGACGGGCCUUCGUUCGUUGUUUUUUUUCCGCUCGCUCUCGUGUGUCUGUGUUUGGCUUUUGGCAGGCAACUUGUGGCCUCUUGUUGCUUCUUGUAGAGUAGCAGAUAUUGCGGCAGGCGCGCGCGAAUUUCUACCAUUGCCAAGUGUUUUUUGGACUUUGUGUUUGUCAGUGAUAAUCGCUACCGCUGCCGCCGUGGAUGCUUUGGAUGCAAGCUAGCCGCCAGUGUGAAACCGCUGCCACCGAUUUCAUCUACCGCCCGCCCAACUUUUCGGGGAGAUACGCGCGAGUGUGUACACAUUUCGGGGCGUCCGCGACGCUUUUUCGUUAGGCUUGCCUCAGAUCCACGCGUCUAAUUAACCCACAGCAGCGCACCGUAUCGGACUGUUUUUAUCAAAUUACCGCCAUCGGAUAGGUCGGAUAACCGCGAUGAACGCCAACAAGUGUGGAAUGCCGCAGCGUCCAGUUCGAUCUUUACCAGCAAACCUCCGCUAGAUCGAGGGUGAAUCAAAUCGUGACUGAAUCCAACUGUGUAAAUGUUUCCAAAAGUGACACUCGCAAUUAAUUAAUCACAAAACCGUAGCUAGGUCAAAUUAGUCGUUCCAUCAAAGGGAACAAAUAGAUAUUAACUCCACGUAUCUAUCCUUUCCAAGCACUGUGUGUGCGAUAACUCUCGGUUCGUUUUCCUCCCACACCUGGCAAUCGCCUUACGAAUCGUAAUCGAAAAAAAAACCAUUUCCUUAGUGCUUAGUGCUUUCCUCUCUCCAACAUAUGUAACCGCCGUGUUUUUCGCAACCCGCAACAGUUUAGUGAAUCGCUUACAGCAGCGACAAUCGUAGUUAAAAAUUAGUUCAUUUAUAAUACAGAGUAAAAGAAAAAGUUGUGAUACUUCGAUGUGCCUUUUGAAAGUAGUCCCGAGAAGCUGCUGCUGCUCCUGUCGCCGUUGACAUCUAAACGUCAAACGCUAAAGGGAGAGAGAGGGAGCGAAAGGAAAGAGUUGUUUGUGAGAAGUUUCGAACAGCUGAAUUCUGUUCGCAGGCAAUAUUUUCAAAUAUAAUAAAAGCUAAUACUGAGGAAAGGUGUGAACUUCCGGAAAGGAGCCUAAAUGGAUAUUGCUGUUAACUGAAGUAUACUGGUGUACUAGUUCUGUGUGCGUACGUACGUGUGAGUGUGUAAGUUUGUGUAAUUAUAAAAUUCCUGCCGGAAGAAAAUCUUCGGUGGAAAUUUUCGACGAAUUCAGCGCUUGAAGUUAAUUAGGAGCAGGACAACUGUACGACAUGAUUAUGGUAAGACGGCAAUGAAAGCUUAAUUUUCGCACCUUCCACUCCCCUCUUGAUCACAUCCGAGCAUCCAUCCCCGCUCCGGGGGCCAGUGAUGAACCAGUCCGCGCGGUCCAUUGCUCUGCUUAUGCUGCUGCCGCCGCCACUCUAAGUACAUUAUAGGGUAGCCCCAUGAUAAUCACUAUAAUCUUCCAUUGCGGUGGAUUAAAUAUCCGCUGAGUGGCAAGUGGCAAAAAAAAAGUGUUUAUACGCAAAGAAAAACGAGGGAGAGUACCCAGCGAACCCCUUCCACGUGUUCGAAUCUCUUUCUCGCUCUCACGAGAGCGUACGCAGCAUCGCAUUGGCAGCAUCGAACGCACUCCAGAGAGAGGAAUCACGAAUGUGAAACAUAUCGAUAGGAACAGCAUAACCAACAAACCAACAUAAACAACCCAACCGGGCACAGCAUAAAUCUAAGACGCACAUUACUGAACGAAACCGGUACGAGAGAGCUUUACCGAGCUGGACGAACCAAAACCCCGCGGCAUGACGUUUCGUUGUGUUCCCUCUUACGACGCCAGCGCUCAAUGGACACUCACACCGUCCCUUCAAUCGCAGCUGGAGCGGCUCACUAGUCAUGGAGGCAUAGGGCUGUCAAGUGGUAGUCCCGCAUAUACCACACAUACCGGGGGCCACACAGGCCGCAACGGACCGACGAGUGGCCACGGAGGUAGCCACGGAGGCUCCCACGGUCCUGGACCAACGAUGCACCAUCAAACGCUACAGUCGGAUUUCCAACCGCCCUACUUCCCACCACCAUUUCAUCACACCACGCAAAGCCCUCCACAGCAACAGAACCACGGGCUGGACUAUCUGAGUACGGAUCCGUACGGUCAACCGCUGUCCUCGCUUCAUCACGCACCCCUGCAUCACUACAACCAACUGGCCGGACUGAGACCAUCCCAAGAGCAGCUAGGAUUGCAUCGGUCACACCGGGAAUCCGAGCUUCAACAGCAUGUGACACAACUCUCGCAUGGUUUCCCUUACUCGGACCGACGGAGCGACUACAGCGGGUCGAUUGGCAGUGGAGCCGGGGCGACGCGGUUAGGAGCGCACGAGCACGAUCCACUGUCCCUGCACCAGGCGCUGCAGAGUGCGGUCGACGAUGGUCAGAAUCCGGUGAUAGACGAGAACGCGGGCUUCAUGAGCGAUCUGCCGCUGCUGAAAAAUUUUCCCAUCUCGGAUAUAAAGAAGGAUAGUAGUCAAAUCAAUAUCGGCUCUCCAUCAGACGUGUUCUGCUCCGUUCCUGGGCGACUGAGUUUGCUUUCUAGCACAUCGAAAUACAAAGUGACAGUAGCGGAAGUGCAGCGUCGCCUGGCGCCUCCCGAGUGUCUUAAUGCGUCACUGCUGGGUGGUGUCCUCAGAAGAGCGAAGAGUAAAAACGGCGGUCGACUGCUGAGAGAAAAGUUGGAGAAAAUUGGCCUCAACCUGCCGGCAGGACGACGCAAGGCUGCCAAUGUCACACUGCUCACAUCACUCGUGGAAGGCGAGGCAAUCCAUCUCGCGCGUGACUUUGGCUAUGUCUGCGAAACUGAAUUUCCAGCGCGCCAAGUAGCCGAAUAUCUAUCCCGUCAGUAUUCGGAGCCACAGGAGUCGUACCGGAGGAAGGAACUUUUGCUCAACACGAAACAGAUUACGAAAGAACUAAUGGACCUCUUGAAUCAAGACCGCUCUCCUCUCUGCAAUACCAGACCACAACACAUUUUGGAUCCCUCAAUACAACGACAUCUGACACAUUUUUCGCUAAUCUCACACGGGUUCGGGUCACCCGCUAUCGUGGCGGCACUGACCGCAAUUCAGAACUUCCUCAACGAAUCCAUCAAGCAUCUGGACAAGAUGUACCCGGGUAAUGGCGGCAGCAUGGUCACAUCUUCGCUAGACAAGAACAAAAUGGACAGCGAUAAAAAAUGACAGUUAUAAAAUUACCUGUUCACUAAAGUGGAGCGAUUUUAGUCCCGCACAAACUCGCCGAAGUUACGGAUGAAUAAUGCUAAAAUCAAUUAGAAAAAAUAUAACGACGGGCGUUUCAAACGUCAACCGUUGUUCCCUCACUUUGUAUAAAGUAAACGCAAAAAUUGUGAUGUAUAAAGAAAAAAAAAGCACACAACGCAAGUAGCGUAGGAGGAAAAGUUACAUUAUGAGAUUUCAAAAAACUAGAUUGAUUAUGAUUAAUUAUUAUUGGUCACCGCGCAAGCAAAUAAAAAAAAGUUCGAAAGUCUGCACGUUUUAUCUCUCGGUGUUCUCAAUAUAUUUAACUGUAAUCAAUUGAAGGUAUUAAGCGUAAAGUAUUGUUUAAUAUUUCAUAAUCCCUUUUGUGAUAGACUAUUGUUUAAUAUUACUCAACAUAGGAGAUAGAGCAUGUACAUUCCAAUUUUAUUUGAUAAAGUAAUGGCCAUUGAUCCUGGAAUUCCAUUUUAGCAAAAUGCACAAUAGUUAAGUGCGCACUUAACGGAAAAGCAAAGCAAGGAUGACUGACAAGAGCACCUUACGGAAGUUAUUUAUUUUUGUUUAUUUUUAAGCUUAGUAGCCCAUCUACGACAACAAAGGCCGUCGAGGCUUAGGGAAAUUUGUGAAAUCAUGUGCCAAAACAAACCCACAAAUUGUACUAAAUACUCUCCCAUACCACCGCCAUAAAGUCCCACUAACACGUGCCAACCUUAAAUGCUAACCGUCGACAACUUCUGCUCCCCCAUUCCAUUCCCACCUUCCAUUCUCCCACGAGUGCCAUGAUUCAAAUCGAUUUGACAACACGACAACCUCUCACACGUCGGCCAUAUUUGUUAUCCAUCAACAAUCUAAAAGUGAUCAUUUCAUCCGAAAAAAUCUACCACUUUUCUCGCCAUCAACAUAAAUACUGCUAAUAGAAAAAGAGUCAGAAUAGCAGGAUAACAAAUUACACCCUAGCAUUCAUCAUUUACCUUGUUUACAAUGUCACCCAAAUGAGGAGAAACGAAACUUUUGCUCAGUGAAAGUUCAUGUAUAUGUACAAAAUUGUUUAGCAAAAAAAAAAAGAAACUAAAAUACGAGAGAAUAUUAUUACAUUUUUCAAAACUAAAUUAAGCAUCAGGAUAAGCCAGCUAAUGUGUAAUAUUUGGGGUCGAGAAAGCCAGAAGACGUAAAAGAACACACACAACCACAAUUUUCUCACAUUCCGUACUUUAAGUCCAGAUCGUAAUGGCCAAAACAAAUAAAAACGCGACAUGUUGUCUCACACAUUCCAGCGUAAAUCGUUCCAAGAAUAGCCAGAAAAAAGCAAGAUAAACGUUGUGAAAACAAAAACUUACACAUCCCAUAGAAGCAAGACAUAUAGGAAAAGUUCGUUUUUUAAUUUCAUGUUGUAAAAACUGCGGAAUCCUUCACGAACCGAUAGCCAGAAUAGCCACCGUAGUGAGUACACAUACACACACUGCAACAAAAAAUAGAAAUAUUGGCCCCUGUGCGGUAAAUUAAAGAAUGAAAGUUGCAAUUGCAAAGUUGUAAAAAAAACACGGUUCAAAGGCGAAUUUCAGAAGUAUUAUAAAUUUGAAUUAAUGAAAAUAUAUAUAUUUUAAACUCA